CGACGUCGCCGCCCUCCGCAGCAGCAGCAGCAUCCCGGCAACAGCCAGGCGCGGAAACAGCCCCUGCCCUUUCACCCCGACCCGCGUGUCGUCAUCGCCGCGCGCCGGAAGUGACGGAGAGACUGGAGCGUGCUGGGCGGAGGCGAGGAGCGAGAUGCCUGUGACUGUGGGGCCAUAUGGACAGUCCCAGCCCAACUGCUUUGACAGAGUGAAAAUGGGCUUCAUGAUGGGCUUUGCUGUUGGCAUGGCGGCAGGGGCACUGUUUGGCACAUUUUCCUGCCUUAGGAUUGGUAUGAGAGGACGAGAACUGAUGGGUGGAGUUGGCAAAACCAUGAUGCAAAGUGGUGGCACGUUUGGGACAUUCAUGGCCAUUGGCAUGGGAAUCCGCUGCUAACCUGGAGCAUGGGAUUUUUUUAACCUGAAGACUAAUGCCCCUGUUCAAUCAUUCCACCUAUGUAAUAUAAUAAAAUCUUUGGGUAUCUAAAA